AUGUCUUCCAACUCAGCCACGCCAGCAUCGGGUCAAGCUACUUCCAGCAUCGACCCUCAACAAUCACGCACGACAUCUCCACCUCCACGCAAGCGCUCCAAAUGGGAAGCAACACCUUCGCCGGAUGCUUUGGAAAGAGCAGCCAACGAAGCUCGUGCCAAGGCUGCUUCCAAAGCGCUCAAAGCCAAGCAAAAGGCGGAGCGAAGAGCUGCUGAGAGGCAGCAGGAAGAACGACAGAGGUACAAUGGUGGCAGCGCUGAUGCCGCUGAGGACCAAGGGCAGAGCGCAACUGGGUCUGGCACACCGCAAAGAAGAGCUGUAGCGCAGAGCUUGGACGAGCCUCGAAGCGCUCCUGCACGUCAGCAGGCACACCGGAAUGUCCACCCAGUGCCUCCGCGCAGUGCGUAUCCAGCCUUGCUGGGCUGCAGAUCGGUGAAUGUCUAUGAGCGAUUGAAUCACAUCGAAGAAGGCUCGUAUGGCGUGGUGUUCAGAGCGAGGGAUAAAGAGACGGGCGACAUCGUUGCUCUAAAGAAGCUCAAGAUGGACAAGGAAAAAAAUGGUUUCCCCAUUACAAGCUUGAGGGAGAUCAGGACGCUGAUGGAGUCCAGGCACGAGAAUGUGGUGAGGGUGAGGGAGAUUGUUGUGGGGGAUACCUUGACGCAGUGAGUGCAGCGAUUGCAGCGCAAGUGCAAACGAUUCGCUGCUCGCUGACCUGCUGCUUACCUCACAUCAAGAGUCUACAUCGUCAUGGACUUCAUCGAACACGAUCUCAAGUCCCUACUCCAAUCAAUGAGGGUCCCCUUCCUCGCCUCGGAAAUAAAGACCCUCAUGCACCAACUCUUGAGCGCAAUGUCUUUGCUGCACAACAACUGGAUCAUCCAUAGGGAUUUAAAGACCAGCAACUUGCUCAUGAACAAUUCGGGUCAGAUCAAAUUGGCGGACUUUGGUCUGGCCCGGACUUUUGGCGAGCCUCGAAAGCCGAUGACUGAACUCGUCGUCACGCUCUGGUACCGGUGCGUUUUCUCUGGAGAAGCACCAAGCCAUGGCAUGCGAAUCUGCGCGACAUUGCAGUACCUGACAAUUCGGCUUGCCUCACAACACACAGCUCCCCAGAAUUGUUGCUUGGCGCUCCACUAUACGGCACAGAGGUCGACAUGUGGUCUGUGGGCUGCAUCUUUGCAGAGCUCAUUCUGAAAGAACCUUUUCUACCCGGCAAAAAUGAGAAUGAGCAGCUGCUAAAGGUGUGUCUCGGGAAGCGCUUCCUAGGUAUUGAUCGGCGGUCUCGUUCUGACAUUUUGCCCGUCCUUGCGCUCUCCGAGCGCCGUAGAUCUUCAAAUUGCUUGGCCAGCCCUCCGAGGAUGUCUGGCCAGGCUGGAGCCGUUUGCCAGGGGCCAGGAACAUGUCCAACGUGGCUCCUCUGUGAGUUCAAAAUCCACCGAAUUCUCACAAACGAUCGCUGCUGGCCCAAAGCUGAUGUUAUGACCCCGACGCCUUAGGUUCUCGUCACUGCGACAACACUUCAGAUACAGCACCGAGCAGACUUUGGAUCUGCUUGCUCGUCUCUUGACUUAUGAUCCUUCAAAGAGGAUAACGGCAGACGAAGCUUUGGCACAUCCUUAUUUCGACGAACCGCCUAGAGCUGCUCAUCCGUCCACCUUUGGCUCCUUUCCCAGCGUCGCUGCAGGCGAAAAGUAGGUGCAAGGUCGCGCGUCUGGCCUCAUCACAGCCGAGAGGUGAUGCUUAUGAGACACAUCGCGUCUCCUCGUCCCAAAACCGCAGAAAACGCAACGCCUCUCCUUCUGCACCUGAGCGUAAGUCUGCGCGCACACACAGAGCUAAGGCCGAGCUGCGAUUUAGCAUGAAGCGUUUCUCGCAUUUCUUCGCAGGUCUGGCCGAUCAGAAACUCGCAUACCAACUUGAGCUCGACCUCGUCUGA